AUGGAGAAGAGAGCUCUCGAUGCACUGGAGGGUGAGGGAUUCGGGAUGAAGAAGAGAGCUCUCGAUGCACUGGAGGGUGAGGGAUUCGGGAUGAAGAAGAGAGCUCUCGAUGCACUGGAGGGUGAAGGAUUCGGGAUGAAGAAGAGAGCUCUCGAUGCACUGGAGGGUGAAGGGUUCGGGAUGAAGAAGAGAGCUCUCGAUGCACUGGAGGGUGAAGGGUUCGGGAUGAAGAAGAGAGCUCUCGAUGCAUUAGAAGGUGAGGGAUUCGGGAUGAAGAAGAGAGCUCUCGAUGCAUUGGAAGGAGAAGGAUUCGGGAUGAAGAAGAGAGCUCUCGAUGCAUUAGAAGGUGAGGGAUUCGGAAUGAAGAAAAGAGCUCUCGAUGCAUUGGAAGGAGAAGGAUUCGGGAUGAAGAAGAGAGCUCUCGAUGCAUUGGAAGGAGAAGGAUUCGGGAUGAAGAAGAGAGCUCUCGAUGCAUUGGAAGGAGAAGGAUUCGGGAUGAAGAAGAGAGCUCUCGAUGCAUUGGAAGGAGAAGGAUUCGGGAUGAAGAAGAGAGCUCUCGAUGCAUUGGAAGGAGAAGGAUUCGGGAUGAAGAAGAGAGCUCUCGAUGCAUUAGAAGGUGAGGGAUUCGGGAUGAAGAAGAGAGCUCUUGAUGCAUUGGAAGGUGAAGGAUUCGGUAUAGACAAGAGAGUUCUCGAUGCAUUAGAAGGUGCGGGACUCAGGAUGAAUCAUCCUCUUAAAUCUUCUGAUUCUAGGACUAAAGGUUUUCAUAUGAAUCGUUUUUCUACAAAUGGAAGGCAUUCUCAUCCUCAUCUAACAAAAUUCUAA